CAACAUUCCCGUGUAGAAGAAGAGGGCACUGUGCGCUAUUUAGACGGAAUUAAUUGUAGCGUAUUCAGUUGGUGUGAUGGAGGAGACCGAACUAGUGGGAGAGGACAGUUUUGAGUCCUUGGAGGAGUUCCAGGCUGUCUUCAGUGAGCUGGCCAGUGAUAAGGGUUUGGACAGGAUUCGGAUGGAGUAUGAAAAACUCGUCCAUGCUUUGAAGAAGUCACGGGAUAAUGAAAGGAGGCUGAUGUCGAAAUGCAGAGAACUGAACGCAGAGAUUGUUUCUACAUCAACGAAGGUGACAGCUGCCCUGAAACUGUCUCAGGAAGAUGAGACAACAAUAACGUCCCUCAAAAGGGAAUUGGAUAAAGCUUGGAAAAUGGUUGAUGCAGCCCAUGAUAAAGAGAGGAAGGACGUGGAGACCAUCAAGAAUUUAAAGGACGAUAUUUCCAAGAUUACGAAGGCAUCUGAGCAACAAACUGGACAACAGCUGGAGCAAGAACAGAUAGAUUUAAUUAAAGUGAUUGAGGAGAUGACCAAGGAAAGGGACCAGCUGAUGACAACCAUGGAGGAUCUAAGGGAGAAACUAGAUAAGGCAACUGCAACUCAGCUAGAGACGGAGAGUCAGAAAGAGGCUGCUGUACAGAACAUCUCUAAGCUUCAGCAGGAGCUUCAGGUGCAACAGAACGAGAUCUCCAGAGAGAUGAGACAGAAGGAGAAACUUGAAAAGGAGAUUCAGCAGCUGCACUCUGACAUGGAGGCCAAGAUGGCCGAAAUCAAAACUCUGAACGUACAUGGACAGAAGGCCAAAGAGGAGCAGCACAGACUGGAGCAGCAGCUCAAAGAUCUAAAAAUAUUGCACGAGCGUUCUACCAAAGAACUGGAGCAGAUUCAGGUGAAGAGCACCAAACUUCAGCAGGAAUGUGACCAUCUGUUAUCAUCCAAGGAGCACCUCUCUGUGGAGAAUCAUCAGAAGGCUAAUGAACUUAAGAUAAGAGAGGAGGAGUUGAGUCAGAUGCGCCAGGAGGUUGCCAAACAAACUAAGAUGAGGGAAGCCAUCCAGAAAAAGUUCCACCAAAUGGAGGACCAGAAAGCUGAAAUAGACGUACAGAGGGAGACACUGAAAGCUCAGAUCGCUGCUCUUGAAAAAGAUCUUGAAAGUUACCGGAAGCAAGAGGAAGUUGAUAAAAAAACCAAGGAGGAGCUGAUCCGAGAAAGGGACAUUUUACAUAAGAACAUGACCAAAGCUGUGCAGUCUGCUGAGAAGCAACAGAACCUUAUGAAACUCUUGGAACAGGACAAGAGAACUUUGGAGCAUGAGAUCUCUGGGUACCACCAGGAGGCCCAAAAGCAGCGCAAGAUUAUCCAGCAGCUGGAAAAGGAACGGGACCGGUACAUCAACGAAAGCAGCAGCCUUAUGCAAAAGGUGAAACAAAAAAUCACUGUUGUUGAAGACAAAGAAAUGGAGAUAUUUGACUGGAGGAAGAAAGCCACUGAGUCAGAGUGUAAACUCAAACAGCAGGAGAACCUGCUGGAAUCUAUCCUAACAGAGAGGAAUCUUUACAGCAAAAACCUGAUUGAGUGUCAGGAGGAGAUGGCAGAAAUGAAGAGGAAAAUAAAGACUAUGAACAACCAAGUUGCCAGGCUUAAAGAUGAGAUCAUUGGCAGUGAGCAGGCGCUGCUGAGAGAUCAGCAGGAGCAAAAGCUUUUAGAGAAGGAUAAUGAGGCCCUCAAGGGGGAGCUACAGUCAAUUAAACUGCAGCUAGAAGAAACAAAGCAACUUGUUGACAGCCAGAGAACCGAACAGCAAAAACUGCAAAUGAUACUAAACACCAUGGAGGAUGAACAAAGCCAAGUGCAGAAGCAGCUAGAGCAGGUAAAAAGGGAGCGGGACGGCCUCGGCAGACAGCUGCUGCAGCGUAAUAAUGAACGUGCUCUGCUGUUCGAGAAGAUCAGGCUCCAGCAGUCGAUCCUCAGCAAGGGCGACUUCCACUACAACCAGAGGCUCGAGGACAUAUACCUGCUCAGACUGGAGAUCAGGAGGCUCAGACGCAAGAAGAGCAUCCUGGACAGCACUCUACCAAACACAGAGGAGCUGAGGACAGAGCUGUUCCACCUACAGAACGAGCUCCUCAGAGAGAAAACCAGGAAUAGUGUCCUGGAAGACCAGCUGAAGCCCAUAAAUAUUCAUAGAUGGAGGCGACUUGAGGGCAGUGACCCCGGCAAAUACCAGCUCAUCCAGAAGAUUCAGACCUUGCAGAAGCGACUGAUUGUUAAGACCCAAGAGCUCGAGGAACAGGAACUGCUGCUGCAGGAAAAGGAGAAGCUGUAUGUAGAACUAAAGCAGAUCCUGGCCCGGAGGCCUGGUCCUGAGGCAGUCGAACAGCUUCAGCAGUGCCGCUGGACCAUCAGAGACCGCACCAAAAAGCUACAGGCACUUAUGGCAGAGCUGAGGAUGCUGGACUCAAAGAUGAAUGAGUACAAAAGUGAGAAUCAGAGACUGAGCAGUGAACUGACAAAUAUAAAGAAAAAGUAUCUCAGUCAGAAAAGGCUUCAUAGUGAGCAGAGAAGCCGGACCACAGUAGAGGAACAGGAAGGUUUGCCACAACUGAGGAGCACACCUCACUGCAGCGGAGGAGGCUUCAGGAUUCACAACCCGGUCAAACUCUGAUGGUCAGCUCAUCUGACAUGUCAGCUGAGAUUUAAAACUGUAUUUGAUAAACAUGACUGAGUACACAAAGGUUACGUGGCCUUGAUGUUUCAGAUGAGAAUAAACAGCCAGUUAAUUAUGGUCUUUAAAGAUGAGAAACCUUCAAGCUUUGCAAGUUAAAUCUAAGUUUAAGCAUUUGUAUUAUUGGUCAUUAUGCUGACUCAGCUGCAAGCUUGUCUUUCUGGGCUGGGUGUACACACACCAGCCCCUGUAUUAGGGACACCCACCGGCAUUGUUAGGCAUUGCAUCAUGAAAUACUGGGAGCUUGGACCAGUCCAGAAAUGGUUGACUUUUCAUAUGACAACAGGCUGGAUUACAAUUAUGGAAUAUUAAAAUAACACAAGACAUACGUGAGGUUGAAUAAAUCGUAAUGUUAAAAUAUGCACUGAUUUUAUUUUUAAAUCAUUUAACUGUAUAU